AUGUCGAACUACGAGGACGAUAUCGAGCCGAUUGCUGAUCCGGGCGAUGCGCCCUCGUCGUCGCUCGGCAAACGUGCGCGUGCAGACGCUGAGGCUGCUGCUGCCGAUGCUUCGGAUGCGCUAUCGCGCCUCUCACCCGAGCCGGACGAGGACCUGGACGUGUCGGAGGGCAAGCAUCCGGUGUGGCUGGUCAAGAUCCCCAAGUUUCUUCUGCAGGCAUGGAGCGCGAUUCGUACCGACGAUCUGCGUCUGGGUACGGUGCGCGUGUACGAUCCGGACCAUACGGGCCACCAGCGCAUGGAGCUUCUGCUGCCCGACCCACCCGCACCGGCGGUGCCCACCGAACCGGGCAAGCCGCGCAAUCCGCGGUACGAUACGGUCCCGCGCGCGUACGACUUGAAGCUCACGUCGGACAGCGCGUCGACGAUCAAGCGCAACAUCUACGCCUUUCGCGAGCAGCUGCAGGAUGUGGAUCCGGUUGCGGGACCGUCGAAGAAGGAAGAGAGCGAUUCGUCCGACGACGAAGGACGCACCAAGAAGCGCGGUAAGACGCGGCGCAUCACGGCGCUGUGCGGGACAGUGACCAACGAGGCGGCGCUUCAACCGCAGAUUCGCAGUGCAGACACCAAGCCGAGCACGGCGAGUCUGGGGGGUGCCCCCAUCUCGGACGCGUAUCGCGAGCUGCUGCGGCGUCGGCGCGAGGAAGCAUCCAAGCCGAAGCGCACGAUCAAGAUGCUCGACUCCGCCGAUGCCGGGCGGCACAACAUGCUCGUUGCCGGCGUCGGCGCGGGGCUGCACUCGCAGAAGUCGCGCUUCAAUGCGGCGAUUGCGACGAAACCCAAGGCGGCGGGGGCGGGGACGGAGAAGUUCGCGCGCAUGCCCAAGAACGAGCUGCUCGAUUUGCUGUUUUCGCUCUUCGAGCGCUGGCAGUACUGGUCGCUCAAGAAGCUGCGCACCGAAACGCAGCAGCCCGAAUCGUAUCUGCGCGAGACACUCACGGGCAUCGCCGACCUGCAUAAGCGCGGUCCCUACGUGGGCAACUGGAGCCUCAAACCCGAAUACGCCAACAUGCGCAAAAACGAACCCGCCCCCGCUGCCUCCUCGUCCGCACCAGCUCAAAGCCACAAUCAAGAAGAGGACCUGGGCGAAAAUGACACCUCGGACGAUGACGACGACGACGAAGAGGAUUUCGACGAUGUAGUCUAG